AUGACUCAAGCUAUUGACACCCUGACUGAGAAGCUCGAGGAGCUCUUGAUGGCACGUUAUCCGAAGACAAUAUGCCCCUCGGAGGUGCCGCGUUCCUUUGAAGCCGACGAGCUCAAUGCCAUGGGGGUCCUAUCUUGGAGAGAGCUCAUGCCAACCAUACGUGAGAUCGUCUGGGACAAACGCGAGAAGAAAGAAGUCGAAGUUUUGCAAAAGGGCCAGAUAAUUGAAGGCUAUGUCCAACUCAGAGACGUCACAGACGACUUUCUAUCAGAGCCCGCGCAAUGCAUUCAGAAGAAGAUCAUCAACUUCAAAGAAGAAGCCGACCUUCCCGAAUACGAUGGCCUGUAUGCUUGCGUGCUUGAUGAUGUUUUCACUGCUGAAGAAUGUACUCAAUUGACCCGAGCUGCCGAAUCCACAACAGAUGGAGUGUGGGAACAAGGUACGAUUAACGUUGGAGGAGGGAGACAGCAGAAGGUGACAGAUGUAAGAAAUUGUGGAAGAAUCUUGUGGGACGAUCGAAAUUUGGUUGCGAAGAUCUGGUCUCGUUGUCAAGAUCACCUACCCGAACUUAAGGAGUUGAAAGACCAACCCAGGAUAGCGGCUGGGCCAGCAAGAAGGAAGGAGACUUGGGAGAUGACCAGGCUCAACGAGAGGAUGCGGUUCUUGAGCUAUGUCGAAGGGAACUACUUCAGACCCCACAUGGAUGGCUCCUUCGCCACUGAGGGCAAUGAGGAAAUAUCUUACUACACGCUCCAUCUCUACCUCAACGAGCCCUCUCAAGACUCCCAACUCGAAGGGGGAGCCACAACAUUCCACUCCAUGAACAUGAGGAAGGAUUUCAAUGUCAUGCCCAAAGCGGGUCGUGUCCUCAUAUUCCAGCAACGCAGUCUCAUCCACUCUGGCGCAGAUGUCAUCAGUGGAGUGAAGUUCACCAUGCGUACGGAUCUAAUGUACAAGAAAAAGGCUGAGUAG